AUGUGGUCAUAUUUUGUACGUUUGAAAUCCCCUAGUCAUAUGUUUUUAUUAUUUUGUUUUAUUACUUUCCUCUGUUUAUGGACACUGUUCUUUCUAGUUCGUACACCUGUCUUCCGUGAAAAAGUCAAAUGCACCGAUGAAACAGAAGGUUGUAGUUACAGUUUUAUGCACUAUGGAAAUGAUUCGUUAAUUGACUUAAGGAAUUUUCAUUAUAUUAUCAAUAACAGAGUCUGUGACUCUUACGAUAACGUAUUUCUAGUUAUUUUGAUUCACUCAGCCGCAAACCAUUUUGAACUGAGAAAGACAAUAAGACACACCUGGGGUACGCCAGAGGGAGUCAGCAAAAGAAUUCUUCUUGUGUUCUUGUUAGCUCAAGUAUCUGAUGAAACCGUUCAAAGUGACAUUGAACGUGAAAGUGAACAAUCACGUGAUAUUAUCCAAGGAAGUUUUAAAGAUGCUUAUAGAAACCUGACUUACAAACACGUGAUGGGAUUAAAAUGGGUCUCAACUUUUUGUACACAGGCGGAGUUUGUAAUGAAAAUGGACGAUGACAUCUUUGUGGAGAUUUAUCGAUUGGUUCAUCUUCUAGGUUACAGAAAAAAGGUCGCUUUUAAUGGACGACCUCGAGCGUGGCCUGCUAAAACCCUGGGUUGUUUUGUACAGGAGCAUAUGCCGGUUGUUCGAGAUCCAACCAGUAAGUGGUAUGUAUCUUUUGAUGAGUAUCCAAGAAACAAUUUCAUUAAUUACUGUUCUGGAUGGGCCUAUCUCAUGACUCCUGAUGUGGCUGGAGCUCUAGAGAAGGAAUCUGGCAAAUUUAAAUACUUUUGGGUAGAUGAUGUUCACGUGACUGGAACCAUUUCUAAGUCAGCUGGGAUUAGGUAUAACUGGUUAAAUCGUUAUUACACUAUCGAAACAGGAAAUCUGGUGGAGUGGGCUAGAAGUACUAAUCACUAUUCCUGGCACUAUAUAUUUGCACCAACUUGGGGAGACAUAGAAUUGAUGGAAAUGGCCCACAAAAAAGCUUUAAACUGCUUUAAGAAAGAUUGCAUUUGUUGUUUCCCUACGUCUACCAAGCAUAGUCUUUCAAAAUCCGUUUCGAAUGCCACGCCUAAACUUUCAGGUACAGCCAAAGUUGUUCGCAUUGGGUAA